CACACGCACACCUUAUAGCAGCGGACAAGAUGUCUCGCCAAAGCAUGGCUCCGAAUCGCAACCUGUCUCUUACAGAGGAAUUGGAGAAGCUGGAGCAGUCCAUCACCCUCACGCUCCAAGAAAUCGACCACAACUUCAGCCGCGCGCAUCGCAUCGUUACCACAGGGAUCCUUCCAAUUGUCGAGCAGUAUGGAAAGCACUCUGAGGCGGUCUGGGAAGGUGCAAAGUUCUGGAAGCAGUUCUUCGAAGCCAGCGCAAACGUUUCGCUCUCCGGAUACGAAGCCCCACAGGACGACUCGAUCGCGCAGGACGACACACAACAAGAGGAAACAUACGAGGAUGAAGAGACUGUGAUUGGAGGCGCAAUUAGAGGAGGAGCUACCACGCCUCAGAGGCCAGCCUCGUCCCAUGGCGAAGUGGAGGACACAAUGACUCUCGACUCGCCGUCGAUGGGCCACAGCACGCCUGGAAUGCCGCAAUCGCUCAGGAAGGGCAAGCAUGGCGAGGGCGAUGAGUUGGACGCCGAGGACGCCGAGGAGGACGCCGAGGAGGACGCCGAGGAGGACGCCGAGGAGGAGGAGGCACCACAAUUCGCCGGACUCUCGUCGCCAUAUGAAACGCUGAGGCAGGAGCUCGAAGGCGGACCGCCAGGUUCUCGUGCACCGAAGUUCGAUCCUGUGACCCCUGGAAAGUCGCAAGCUCUUCCAGACAUGAUGGGCUUCGACUCCUCACCUUUCGUCCAGCCCACAACCUCGAAGAAGCCGCACUUCAACCAGGACCCACUCAUGCACCGUGUCCUGGACAAGACGUUCCGUGUGCAGGCUACACCUCUCAUUAGCCCGAGGAAGUACAAGCCGACUGGUGCUUUCACUCCGGGCACUGCGCAUCGUGCGGCGCCCACCCCCCGAGGAGCUGCAGCCAAUCCAAGGCUGCCCAAAUGGGACGACUCUUCCCCUCCCUCCUCGCCGGCACCUCAGCUGCGUGCAGAUAUCUUCUCGCCGAUGAAGACGCCUCGUACGCCUGGUGUGAGCGUACAAACGCCUGCCAAGGGCAAAACGCCUACGAGCAUGGGGAAAGACCAGGACUAUGUCGACUACAGCGAUGAUGAUGAGCUCGACAUCAGUCCACCAAAGACAAUUCAGUUCCACAUCCCACAGACGAAACUGUUGCAGACACCUGCUCGAGAAGCCAGCAGGCGCAUCGUUGAUGACCUGCUGAUGACUGCCGGAGGUGAUUUUACUGACACGACAAGUGGGAUGGAGGAUGAUAGUCCAAGUGUUGUCAGACGUCAAGUUGAUCUGGACGAUAGCUUUUGAGUGAGGAAAGCGUUGCGCAGGCUGCUCCUUCUGUUGUUUAGACCCACGAUACCCAGAAUGUCAGAAUUUUGU